AUGAUUUCCAAAUCAAAUGAACCCUCAGGUUCCUCAUCAAAUUCUGUUUCUGAGGAUUUUGAUAUUGUCUCUGCAACUGAGUGUUCUGAUGGUAGUAUUAUAUACCGGUUUGGAAAUGUCAGUGAGAUAAUGGAAAAUAUGGUUGAUGCGGACCAAGAGCAAGUCACUCAAAAAUAUCCUGAGGAAGGAGGAAAUAUUAGUACUGGGACUCUGUUGAGUGAAGAUGUUGAAAAGUUGGAACUAGCAGGUGAUUCUGAUGAAAGCCAUAGAACUGGGAGUAAUAAUGCAGAAGCUGGUCAUAGUUUAAGUGAGCAGAUUGAUUCUUUCUCUGUGAUAGACCUGAGAAAUAGCUCAACAGUGUUGAGUGAUGAUGUUGAUAAGGAGUCUCAGCCGCCAGCAAAUGAAAGUAAAGUUGAUAUCUCGCUAGAAAACAGUAAGCAUCUAGAGUUUGAUUUAGUAGAGGAGGGAAAACAUGACAAUUAUCAUGAAGAUGUUCCUUCUGAGGUUCAAGAUGUUCCAACUGCGUCUGAAGAAAAUUCUGAAGUUAAUAGUCACACAGGAGUGGUGGUUCCAACAGUUAGUCCAGAGUCUGGUAUUUCUCCUGAUUUAGUUGAGGAAGAAAAACAUGAAAAUGACCAUGAAGAUGUUGUUUCUGAUGCUCCAGAUGUCCCAAUUGAGGAGGAAAAACAUGAAAAUGACCAUGAAGAUAUUGUUUCUGAGGUUCAAGAUGUCCCAGGCGUGUCUGAAGAAAAUUCUGAAAUUAAUAGUAACACUGGAGUGGUGGGUUCAAUAGUUACUUUGGAGUCUGGUGUGUCUCCUGAUUCAAUUGAGAAGGAAAAACAUGAAUAUGAUCAUGAAGACGUUGUUUCUAAGGUUCAAGACAUCCCAGGCGUGUCUGAAGAAAUUUCUGAAGUUAAUGGUCAAGGAGUGGUGGUUCCAACAGUCACUCCUGAGUCUGGUGUGUCUGCUGAUUUAGCUGAGGUUGAAAAGCAUGAAAGUGAGCAUGAAGAUGUUGUUUCUGAUGUUCAAGAUGCCUCAAGUGUGUCUGAAGAAAACUCUGAAGUUAAUGGUUCUGCAGGAUUGGUGGCUCCACCAGUUACUCCAGAUUCUGAGAUCUGA